AUGUUUUCUUGCCGAGCCUCUGUUUGCUUGAUCUUCUUGUCGAUCACAACAGUUUUUUGUCAAUACCAUCAAACAUCUCAAGUUACUUGCGGAACCAACGAGCAAUAUUCUCCUUGUACUCAAAUUUGUCCUCCAACAUGUGACUCGCCCAAUCCACAGUGCAGAGUCGACUGCACCCGUCCAUCUUGCAACUGUCUCCCCGGUUACGUCUUCUCCAGUACCAGACAAUGCAUCCCAGCCAAUUCAUGCUACCAACAAGUUCAGCCAUCCCCAAGAUGUCGUUUCCAUACUGAAUGCAGAACUGGAUCCUACUGUGUGAAUGGAUUCUGCAGUGCUGCUACAGGGGUUUACACUAGAACAAUCGUCACCUCAUCCUCUUCAUCAAGUUCUGGUUAUCGUUCUGGUUAUCAACGACAAAUCCAAGGAGGAUGUACAUUGGAUGUGCAUUGUGAGCAUCGCAAGAUCUGUAUCAAUGGUGCUUGUGUUUAUGCUGAUCAUUCUGACCGUUUCAAUUAA